ACCGGGGUCAGAAAACAACUGAUUGCUACUUGCUAGGCAAAAUAAAAUUAAGAAAAAUUGUGUUUAAAACAGAAAUAUAUUUCUGAUACAUAAAUAAUCAUAAUUUUUUUUUUCAAAAUAUGCUCACUGGGCCACCACCGUCCGCCACCAGUCAUCAUCACACCUAGAAAACAACAAACAAAUAACAAUAACAAUCGACCAGAUCGUACGUCGCCUGGCGUGCGUGAUAUUGAAAAAAAAUUAAAAUUUCCCAAGUACAAAAUACCUAAAUUUUUAUCAAAAUUGUCUUGCUGUUGAAUUCUAUUGAAAUAAGCUGUUGCGAUGGACUCGGAUGAAGAUGCAUUGAACGAUAUAGACUCUGGAAAUGAAUCAAGCGGAGAUGAUGUGGAUUUUGCAAUGGAGGUUGAUGUGCGGCACGAACGUGAAAAAAACCAAGACAUUGAUGAUUUUCCCUUUGAAGUUUUGUCCACAGACAAUAUUGUUCAACACAUGAUUGAUUGCAUCAAAGACGUGAAUACUGUGCUUCAAAUGCCUGCUACAACAACUCGCAUUUUAUUGAAUCAUUUUAAAUGGGACAAAGAAAAGUUAAUGGAACGGUUUUAUGAUGGCGACCAAGAUAAAUUAUUCUCCGAAGCUAGAGUAAUAAAUCCAUUUAAGAGAACUCAACCGAUUAUACAAAGGCCAACAUCUACACGCAGUAGAGGUACUCCUGGAAUGGAAGAUUGUGCUAUUUGCUUUGUAAGGCUUCCAAACAAUAUGAUGACUGGGUUAGAAUGUAAUCAUCGAUUUUGCACACAGUGUUGGACUGAAUAUUUAACAACAAAAAUUAUUGAAGAAGGUGUUGGUCAAACAAUUGCAUGCGCAGCAAGUGGUUGUGAUAUAUUAGUAGAUGAUGCCACUGUUAUGCGAUUAGUCAGAGAUCCAAAAGUUCGAAUGAAAUAUCAACAUCUGAUUACCAAUAGUUUUGUUGAAUGUAACAGGCUAUUACGUUGGUGUCCAUCACCCGACUGCAAUAAUGUUAUUAAAGCCCAAUAUAUUGAUUCAAAACCAGUGAUCUGUCGAUGUUUGCAUGUAUUUUGUUUUGUGUGUGGAGAAAAUUGGCAUGAUCCUGUUAAAUGUAAUUUAUUAAGGAAGUGGAUCAAAAAGUGUGAUGAUGAUUCAGAAACUUCAAAUUGGAUAGCAGCUAAUACUAAAGAAUGUCCUAAAUGUAAUGUAACUAUAGAAAAAGAUGGUGGUUGCAACCAUAUGGUUUGUAAAAAUCAAAAUUGCAAAACUGACUUUUGUUGGGUAUGCCUUGGCCCAUGGGAACCUCAUGGAUCUUCAUGGUAUAAUUGUAAUCGGUAUGAUGAAGAAGAAGCUAAAGCUGCCAGAGAUGCUCAAGAAAGAUCCAGAGCCGCAUUACAGAGGUAUCUUUUCUACUGUAACCGUUACAUGAAUCAUAUGCAAUCACUUAAGUUUGAACACAAGCUUUAUGCUAGCGUUAAAGAAAAAAUGGAAGAAAUGCAACAACAUAAUAUGUCAUGGAUUGAGGUACAAUUUUUAAAAAAAGCUGUCGAUAUAUUAUGUCAAUGUAGACAAACACUCAUGUACACGUAUGUGUUUGCAUACUAUUUGAAGAAAAAUAAUCAAUCAGUUCUUUUUGAGGAUAACCAACGAGACUUGGAAAGUGCUACAGAAACUCUGUCAGAAUAUUUAGAGAGAGAUAUCACUUCAGAAAAUUUAGCCGACAUCAAGCAGAAAGUUCAAGAUAAAUAUCGUUACUGUGAAAGUCGGCGAAAAGUGUUGCUAGAGCAUGUUCACGAAGGUUAUGAAAAAGACUGGUGGGAUUACACAGAAAAGUUGUGAACUAGUCACAUAUAUCUGUGAUAUAAAAUUAAGUAUACAUACAAAAUACAACACAUUUACACAAACAUGCUUAAAAAAUUUUUAACUACCAUAGAUCAUAUUAUAUAUGUUUAUGUACU